UUUCCUUAAUAUUACUGGUUUUGUUUGUUUGUUUUUGUUUUCGACAUUUGAAGUCAAUUCAACUACCGUCGCACCCAACACAACCAACACAGACAAAGACCAAUCUAAAAAGCUCGAUGCUGCCGCGAAAGCUGGUCUUGGUGUUGGAAUCUUCAUUCUUGUUUUCUGUGUCGUGGUGGUUUUUGCUCUAAGUCCAUAUAAAAGAAGGAAUCGUAAUCCAGAAGAUAUGAGAAGAAACAGACCAAAAAGGAUGAAAGAUGACGAACCAAAGCCAGUCAUCGAGAUGAAAGAUGAAUGGGAAGUGGAUUCUAAGCACGUGAUAUUCCUGGAAGAACUCGGAAAAGGAGCAUUUGGUAAAGUGUACAAGGCAAUCUUAAAGAUACCGGAAGACGAGGAGAGAGUAAAAGCAAAGCUAAAAACGAUAUAUUUCAAGCCAAUUAGGGAAAGAACGAAUGAACUUAUAGUCGCGGCCAAGACGUUGCACGAUACGGCAGAUUCAGGUGAAAAGCAAGAGCUCCUGAAAGAAAUCAACCUCAUGAAGAAACUUGGUUCUCAUCGGAAUAUCGUCAACUUUCUGUUCUGCUGUACCACGAGUGAACCAAACUUUCUUGUAGUGGAGUUCUUGCCGAAGGGAGAUUUGCUAAAGUACUUGAGAACUAACAGACAUAGGGUCAGCGGUUUUGAGGGCAAAGCAACUGCGCCUGCGUAUUUACACGUGAAAGCUGUCCUGAAUGCUGCUCCUGAAACAGAGAUGCAGUCUCGCUAUGUAAACGCUCCAAGAAUGACAGAGGACGUGAAGAAGGAAGUCGAUGGUCUGCUGCCAAAAGACCUGCUGUCCUUUGCCUACCAGAUAGCAGCAGGCAUGGAAUAUCUUUCCAGCAAAGGAUUUGUUCAUCGUGAUCUCGCCGCACGUAAUGUCCUAGUGGCUGACAACAAACAAGUCAAAGUGUCUGACUUUGGAUUAACACGUGACCUGUACGAGGAAAGCGUCUACCAUGCUCGUGUACAGCGGAGACUACCCAUCAAAUGGAUGUCACCAGAAGCGCUUUAUGAUCAGGUGUUUACAACGGAGAGUGACGUAUGGUCGUACGGCAUAACGUUGUGGGAAAUAUCCACGUUAGGAGGAGCACCAUAUCCUUCCAUGUCUAAUAAAGAUCUCUUUAGAGAAUUACGUAGUGGCUAUAGAAUGGAAAAGCCUGACAUGUGCUCAGAUGAAAUUUACCAAAUAAUGUUACAAUGUUGGCAAGAAAACCCAAGUGAGCGUCCAAAGUUCACUGACCUUCGUCAACAAUUUGAAGACCUUCUCCAGGAAGAUAAUCCAUACCUGGACUUCAGUAAUCUGGACAACGACAAAGACUAUUACCUGGUACCUUCAUUUAACAGCGCGGUCUCAGAUGAAGACAGCUCGCCAUCUUCGCUUCCAGAUGUUUAAUCAAACAUUUAUGCUUGGUCAGCGGCCAAGUCACGUGAUAAAAAUAUAUAAUGUUUGCGCAUGCGUGUAUUUAAGUAUAUUUUCGAAAAAUUCAAGGGAGUUUAGUACGAAAAAAUGCUUGUGUGCUGCACGCUCCUAGCAGAUUCUUACAUCCAAUUAACUGCUACAGUGUGCAAUGAUGCAACCGUUCUUGCUUCUACUGCUGCUGUUGCAUCUGCUUUGUCGUUGUGUAAUGAUUUGUUGAGGAAAUACGAUGAUGCCACCAUAGUUGUUUCAAUUCAAAUGUUGCUGCUGCUGCUGCUGCUGCUGCUGUACUUUUGCAACUCUAAUGUUGUUGUUGUUGCAGUGUAUCAUAGUUUUCGACAACAACGACGAUGUCACGUUGUUAAUUCUGUUAUUUCAUGUUCAUUGAUGCUAUUGAUAUCAUUGCUGAUGCUACUAUUGCUUCUACUGCCCAUACGCAGGUGCAUGUUUGGUAUUAUCGUGGUUAUUCAUGGCAAUGAUGUUGUACGUUUAUAACCCCAUUAACAAGAAUAAACCCUUUAGCGAA